CGAAUCGUACGCAUGCUCCUCCAAUAUCACCCACUUUGUGAUGAGAGGGACAGCGACGGGGUAACGCCUCUGAUGCACGCCACCGUUGGUGGCUACGAAGAUGUGGUGAGCUCGCUGUUGUCGCAUGGAGCGCGGAUCGAUAGCGUGGAUUGCCGAAACCGAUCGGUGCUUCAUUGGGCGGUGUUACAUCGACGGGAGGCUCUGCUCAAGAUGCUAUUAGCCUACUGCGCGGGCGAUCAUGCCGUCAUUGAUGCAUACGACAAUGCGGGGAGAACGGCCCUGCAUACAGCGAUUGACACAGGGUUUGAGGCAGGAGUCCACAUUUUGCUGCAACUAGGAGCGAACAUACAUUCUAGGGCUAGAAAGAUUUGAAGGAUGCUGGGACACAUGAUAGAUCUCUUUUCAUGCAUCUAGAAUCUGGGUCUCAUGUUUUUUUUUUUUUUUUUUUUUUUUUGCUCUUAUUUUGUU